AUGAAAUCAUCCUUCCUCCUAUCCGUCUUGUCCAUCGUUAGUGGCCUUGUCGAGGCAGGACCGACACACUCUCCGAAGGCCUAUAUUCGUAAUGGAACUGUCACUGGGGUCUAUAACCGUCAGUGGCACCAGGAUUUCUUCCUAGGCAUUCCAUAUGCGGAACCUCCUACCGGCAAUAGGCGAUUUCGACCACCGGAGUAUAUCAAAACGAAGAAGAACUUUCAGGCAACUACACGUGGUAAAUUUUGCUGGGGGUAUAGAGGCGACCAAUGGGAAUACCCACAGUCCGAGGAUUGCUUGACACUUAAUGUUAUCCGUCCCGCUGGGAUACACCCUAGCCGAAAACUCCCCGUUGCAAUCUUCAUCCACGGCGGAGGUUUCACAAUUGGAUCUGCUCAUGACCCUCGCUAUAAUAUGACCUUCCUCGUAGACCAAUCUGUCAAAGAGGGGACUCCUAUCAUAGGCAUUGGUAUCAAUUACCGCCUUGGAGCUCUCGGUUGGAUUGCGAGUCGACAGGUUGCUGGCACCAAGAACCUUAACUUGGGUCUUAAAGAUCAAAGAGUCGCUAUGCAAUGGGUUCAAGAAAAUAUCAGAGCAUUUGGCGGUGAUCCUCGAAAGGUUACGUUAUUUGGUGCAUCUGCUGGUGCUUUAUCCAUUGGCCUCCACCAGCUUGCAUAUAACGGACGUGAUGACAAGCUAUUCAGUGGAGUAAUGAUGAUCUCAGGUUCACCUAUCUUUUUCCGUCCUUCGCCAUUCCCGGAAACUUUCCAGGCGAAUUAUGAGUACCUUAUCACACAGACGGGAUGUGAAAACCGUACAGAUAGUUUACAAUGUCUCCGAGAAAGACCAAUUGGACAACUGAACCUGGCGAUAAAUACUACGUUGGGACAGUUUACGACUGCUGUUGUAGACGGAGAAAUGGUGGCUGGAAUACCCAGUCAGAAUUUGAAGCAUGGUAGAUUUGUAAAGGUGCCAUCGAUGGUUGCGAGUUCGACGGAUGAGGGGGCGGGAUAUGCAAGGAUGGUACAGAGGUAUGAUACUGACGCGCAAGUCAGGGCCUAUGUUGAGGGAUACACUCAGUACAAACCACAGAUGAUCGACCGUCUAAUGGAGCUCUACCCCAGCACGAUCUCCAUCCCUGACGCCGACAACUUCACGCAGCCUGACGCCGGUACUCAACAAUACGGCAACCAAUAUCACCGUCUCGCCGCGAUUCUCGGUGAUAUCUGGUUCAUCGCUGGAAAAAGAUACUAUGCUCGACAACUAGCAGCUCAUAACGUCCCAGUUUGGUCUGUGCGUACCCGUGUCGUUCCUAAUGGAUACCCAGACUGGCUUGGUUCCGUACACUCCACAUCGUUGCCAUUUAUGUUUUAUAACUUGAAUACGACGAGUUUCGACAUUGGCGCUGGAGUGGUGAAGGUUGUUCCGGACCCUAUGGGUGGACCGAACGCUCAAGGGUUUAAGGAUCUUGCGAACUUCAGUAGUCGAAGUCUUGUUAGAUUCUUUGCGCGUGGAGAUCCUGCGGCUGGUAGAAAACCCAACGAUGUGAACUGGGUUAAAUAUGGGCACGGGGGUGGCAAAAAUCAAAUUGUUUGGGAUAUUGGGCCAGGUGGGGUUUAUAUUGAACAGGAUACAUUCAGGGAGCAUGGUAUCAAACACAUGAUGGAUCACUUCUUGCAAAGUAGUUUUUAA